GUCUUUCUGGGGCCAUAUUUGACUCCCAGCGCUCAGUCAAUCUCUAACCUCCCUUGUGGUAGUAACCCAUGGGAGUCUGGGUACCACACAAGAUGAGAGACCCAUCCUCUAGGUACCAGAAAUGGGUACCAUCUUUCGCUCUCCUUCUUCUUCUCCUUCUCUCUUCUUCUUCCGCCUUUCCGUUCAGCGGCGAAGACGAAGCCGAGGCCACACACGAACAAAGGAGUCUCGAGGAGUCUUCCAGGGGAUCUUCAGGUUCUGACGACGGGAGUCUUGAGGUCAACGGGCACUCGGUCGGUCUAGGAACAGGACCCCAGGGAAGCGUCGCAGCCCUGACCACCUCGAGCCAGGCAGCCGCUGCGAAUAGCCACUUUUCCAUCCGGCUUGGGAGUUCGGAGGACCCCAGGAGUGGCGAAGGAGUGAGUCGCGAGUCGCGCCUCGGUUCCUUUUCCUCUCAGCAUGUUGUCUUUGGGAGGAGCGGAGACGAUGAUGAUGAUGAUGAUGAUGAUUACGAUGAUGAUGACGAUGGUGAUGAUCUGUACGACUUUGAUGACGGUAAUGUGAAGUUCAUGAGUCUUGGGAGGCGGUACCAUCCGGCGGGUAUUCCCAAGAUCGCUCCGGAUAACGUCUUGAUCCCCAAGACGGCUAGCUUCCCUCCACCGGUUCCCAGAAGCGGCUCGGGCAAGCAGCUGGUCCAGACGUUCCGCAACCCGAACUUCCAGUCGUUCGAGGUCUCCAGCGAAACGCCCGACGACUUGGAUGACUUUGUGGAGGAUGCCCUCGAACGCGCGGGUUUCGAUGACGACGAUCUCGAUGACGAUGACGAUGACUUGAUCUUCAGGCCGGAGAGCUUCGUCAACAUGUACAACGACCAGACGAGUGAACACCGCCUGGCCCUGAGCGAGAACUUAUUGGGUACGUACUACCACAACAUCGACACGCAGGGAAGCAUCCACUGGAACUACAAACUCGAGGAUCAGUUCCAGGACCACACGGUUCACCGUAACGGGAACAUGGAGGGCAAGUUCGGUUGGACGGCCCCCGGAGGCCAGGAAGUACGCGUCCAGUACAUUGCGGACGAGGGAGGAUACCGCGUCCUCAGCUCCCAGGGCAUCCACCCGGUUGAUAGCGACGAGGUUGAGGAAGCCAAGCGCCUUCACUUCCUAGUCCACAAGAACCUGGCUAAUCAGGGUAGAGGGUACGGAACAGGUGCCCCAGCCGUGCCCUUCCCAGUCGGAGGAAAGCCGCUUCCUGGGGUAGGAGGUCCCGGCACUCCAGCAGGAGGAUCUGCCGCAGGAGGUUCCCCCUUCAGCCCUGCGGGACCCGGAGCAGGCGGUCCAUCUUCUGAUCCUUGCCUCCUCCUGGGCAAGCAGCACCCGAGCCUCGUGCCGGAGGAAUGUCGCAUCCCCGGGCAAUUCGGAGCCGAUGGGAGUGUAGUGAGCACUGGGGGAGCACCAGGCACCGCUCCUGGGGCAGGGACCGGAGCAGGCGCCGGGUUUGAUGGGACCAGUGGAGGCAUGCCCUUGCCCGGGCUAGGAGGGGCGGCUGGAUCUGGUGCCGGAGGAGGAUUUGGCGCAGGAGGAUUCGACUCUGGAGCAGGCGCUGGAGCAGGCGGAGGAUUCGGCGCAGGAGGAUUCGACUCUGGAGCAGGCGCUGGAGCAGGAGGAGGAUUCGGCGCAGGAGGAUUCGACUCUGGAGCAGGCGCUGGAGCAGGUGCCGGAGGAGGAUUUGGCGCAGGAGGAUUCGACUCUGGAGCAGGCGCUGGAGCAGGUGCCGGAGGAGGAUUUGGCGCAGGAGGUUUCGACUCUGGAGCUGGUGGAGGUGUUCCCGUCCCUGGCAUAGGUGGCGCAGGUGCCGGAGGAUUUGGUCCUGGAUCAGCCGGAGGAGGAUUCGACGCAGGAGCAGCAGGAGGAGGAGGAGGCUUCGAUGCUGGCUUUGGUGCCGGAGGGAGUGGAGCCGGAGGAUCCCCAGGUGGAGUUCCUCUUCCCGGAGUAGGCGGAGCUGGAGCCGGAGCUGGAGCUGGAGGCUUCGAUGGUGGAUUUGGCACCGGAGGAGGUUCGGGGUUUGACGGAGGAGCUGGAGCCGGAGGAUUUGAUGGUGGAUUUGGUGCCGGAGGAGCCCCUGGUGGAGCCGGAGCUGGAGCAGGGUUUGACGGAGGAGCUGGAGCCGGAGGAUUUGAUGGUGGAUUUGGUGCCGGAGGAGCCCCUGGUGGAGCCGGAGCUGGAGCAGGGUUUGACGGAGGAGCUGGAGCCGGAGGAUUUGACGGUGGCUUCGGCGCAGGAGGAAGUGGAACCGGAGGAUUCGACGGUGGAUUUGGUGCCGGAGGAAGUGGAGCCGGAGGAGCCCCUGGUGGGGUUCCUCUUCCUGGAGUAGGCGGAGCUGGAGCUGGAGGUGGAGCGGGGUUUGACGGAGGAGCUGGAGCAGGAGCCGGAGGAUUUGACGGUGGCUUCGGCGCAGGAGGAAGUGGAGCCGGAGGAUUCGACGGUGGUUUUGGUGCCGGAGGGAGUGGAGCUGGAGGAGAACCUGGUGGAGUUCCUCUUCCUGGAGUAGGCGGAGCUGGAGCUGGAGCUGGAGCGGGGUUUGACGGAGGAGCUGGAGCAGGAGCCGGAGGAUUUGACGGUGGCUUCGGCGCAGGAGGAAGUGGAGCCGGAGGAUUCGACGGUGGUUUUGGUGCCGGAGGGAGUGGAGCUGGAGGAGAACCUGGUGGAGUUCCUCUUCCUGGAGUAGGCGGAGCUGGAGCUGGAGCGGGGUUUGACGGAGGAGCUGGAGCUGGAGGAUUGACGGUGGUUCGGAGGAGGAAGUGGAGCUGGAGGAUUCGACGGUGGUUUUGGUGCCGGAGGAAGUGGCGCUGGAGCAGGUUCGGGGUUUGACGGAGGAGCUGGAGGUGGAUUUGGAGGAGCUGGUAGUGGAUCGGGGUUUGACGUAUCCGGUGGAGCCGGUGGAGGCUUUGACGCUGGAGCCGCAGGAGGUGGAGCGGGGUUUGACAUAGCUGGUGGA